CUAUAGAACAAUUGUGUUUAUUCGGUUAUACGUUGAUCUGGCGAGGUGGGCGGCGAUCGCGGGGGUGCACGCAUUGCAAUGACUGCAGCUAGCAGGGCUGCAGGUGCAUGAUUCCAGGUGCUGGAGCUCCUUCAUUAUGGGUGGCAGCAGGUGUGGCCUGCAGGGAGGAGGAGGAGGCGAGCAGGGAGGGCACACAGGGCAGCAGGUGUCUCAUUGCCACUUGCAUUUACAGGCAUUAUCCUGAUAACAGAGACAGCAGCGCAGAGAGGGGUGUGUGGGCUGUCACACCAGCAGUAACAGGCGAGGAGGUGCUGAUACCAUGGACAGACAGUCAGGUGUAUGAGUAAAUGCUGCCACAUAUCUAUAUACUGUACAAGGAUACUCGACGCAGUGCUGCCUUCCCCCUCCUUGUACAUAGUGUGUCCCUGCGUGGCAUUCCCUAGUUAGCAGGAGGUGACACAGACGGCACACACAGCGGGUAAUUACACCUUGCUGCAGAGGACACACAGCAAACACCCGGAGGUGACAGCUGAGCUAGGCUGUACUGUGACUCAGUGGACUCAGGCAGGUUCCCCAUUCAUACUAUGCAGCCGGGAGCAGCAGCAGCCACAGGCGGCGGGGGGCGAUCGCUAGUCCCCCUAGCCCAACAACCCGCUGUCAAAACCGUGCACGUUUACAGGAACGGAGACCCCUUCUACCGCGGCCGCCGCAUGCUGAUCCAUGAGAAGCGGGUGGGCACGUUUGAUGUCUUUCUGAAGGAUGUGACAGGUGGGGUACAAGCCCCCUUCGGAGCAGUAAGGAACAUUUACACCCCCAAAUAUGGGCACAGGGUCACUUCUUUGGACGAACUACAGCCUGGAGAAUACUAUGUGGCUGCGGGAAGGGAAAGUUUCAAAAAGUUGGACUACAUACAUAUUGGGGAAAAUAAGAAAAAGACAUUGGAUCCUUUAAGUCAGACACCAACCGAGGAUGUGAAGCCUGUGUCUCACAGCCGGAUCAAUGUGUCAGCACGUUUUCGAAAAAACCUCCAGGAGCCAUGUACUGUGUUCCUAAUUACUAAUGGAGAUCUCAUGAGCCCAGUGGUGCGUUUGCUGAUACCUAGGAAAAUACUGGAUCAAUGGGAGCUUGUUCUUGCAAUGGUUACAGACAAAGUGAAACUCAGGAGUGGAGCUGUGCACAGAUUAUACACAUUAGAAGGGUCACCUGUUCAAGAUGGCUCUGAGUUAGAGAAUGGACAGUUUUAUGUUGCAGUUGGAAGGGAGAAGUUCAAAAAAUUGCCAUAUGGUGACUUGUUAUUCACAAAGUCCUCAGUGAAAAGAGCUCAUGGUUCCAAAGCCUCCUCUUUGCCUCCCAUACAUGGGUAUCGAAAGUCUAACGAGAAUAGACACGAACGCAACAUUAAAUCUACUGGAGGUUCCACUGAUGCUGUAGAUACUCUUAUAUCUCCGCAACCACCGAAGGGAAAGAAAACUACAGAGUCUCAAAUAAUUACCAAACCUGUCAGAGUGAUACAGACAAGAAGAAUGAACAACAACAUUGUCUACCAUGAGACUGAGGAUGGUAUUUUCAAAGCUGGUGAAGACAGAUCAGAAAUGUGGGGGGCAUCAGAAGUUCAGGAAGAUGAAAACACUAAAGUGGAGGUUCCGGUUGAUCAGAGAGUAGCAGAAACUGUUGAAGAGGAAAUAAUGAACAAUGCAGAUCAUGAUGAGAAAGUUGCUGAAGAUGAGGAAGGAGGAGUAGAGGAAGAAGAGGAGCAUGAUAACAUCCCACCAGAUCACACCAACGAAGAUGAAGCAAGCGAAAAUGAAAAUGAGGAGCAUAGCAUGGUAAGUCAUGAAGUGGGAACAAAUCAUCAGAAGAUGAACAGUUAUUCAGAAGAUGUGAUUUAUGAUAAUGAUGGUGGUGAAACUGAACAUCCGGAAGAAGAUCAACAUUUUAAUUCAGUAGAAACAAAUGGUGAACACUUUGUGCAAAUUAAUGGUGAUAUUUUUGGGAAAGAAGAAGAUGAUGAACACCCUAAUGGAAAUGCAGAAAUACAAAGCCAGGCUGAAUAUUCACUCCCAAGACCAACAUCUUCAAGACUUCUCGAGAAGAUCUCCACCCCAAUUGAAAGUGAGCAGAAAGUCAAUGUUGCUGUUGCCUGACCUACAGAAGACAUAACCUAUUCUACAACGCUACCUUGAUACUUGAAUCUGCAAGUUUAUUGUAUCACUACAAAUCUACUAUAUGGAGGAGUAUGUAUAUGUUUGUAGAAAUAUAUAUACAUGCCCUUAUAUUAAACACACAAGCAUAUGCACUGUUUCUAAAGCAGUUUAUUUUUUAUCAAGAAUGUUAUUCCUAUCUAUUUAUUAGGGUACUUUUUAUACUAUCAGAUGUUUUGUAAGUGUAACUUGGAAUUGUAUUUUGUUAAGCCAUAUUACAUUAAGAGCUGAUCCCGUAAUCAUUGCACUAUUUUUAUCUUAUCUAUAAACUAACUGUAUAUUGGCCCUCAUUCCGAGUCGUUCGCUCUGUAUUUUUCAUCGCAUCGCAAUGAAAAUCCGCUUAGUACGCAUGCGCAAUAUUCGCACUGCGACUGCGCCAAGUAAUUUAACAAUGAAGAUAGUAUUUUUACUCACGGCUUUUUCAUCGCUCCGGCGAUCGUAGUGUGAUUGACAGGAAAUGGGUGUUACUGGGCGGAAACACGGCGUUUUAGGGGCGUGUGGAUAAAAACGCUACCGUUUCCGGAAAAAACGCAGGAGUGGCCGGAGAAACGGGGGAGUGUCUGAGCGAACGCUGGGUGUGUUUGUGACGUCAAACCUGGAACGACAAGCACUGAACUGAUCGCACAGGCAGAGUAAGUGUGGAGCUACUCUAAAACUGCUAAGUAGUUUGUGAUCGCAAUAUUGCGAAUACUUCGGUCGCAAUUUUAAGAUGCUAAGAUACACUCCCAGUAGGCGUAGGCUUAGCGUGUGUAACUCUGCUAAAUUCGCCUUGCGACCGAUCAACUCGGAAUGAGGGCCAUUGUUAUUCACUUGUAAGUCCUUCUAGAACUCAUUUAUGGGGAGAAUUCUAAAACGUUCUAAAGAGGAUAUGGCAGUGCUGUCCAUAGCAACCAACCUUAUUUACUGCAUUCUAUAAAAUGAUAGCUAGAAUCUGGUUGGUUGUAUAGAUAACGCCACUUGUCCUCUUUAGAAGAUUUAAUACAUUUCCCCGUUAGGAUCUUUUCCAGAUCUUGUGGUCAUUUAACAUUAUGAUUUAAAUGAUGCUGUAACCUACAGCUGCAGAUCUGAUUAUUGCUUUCAUUUUCUAAACUGUUGGCAAACAGAUUGUCAGGUCAAAAAAAUAAGCGGAGUAUGUCACAAGGCGCAAGUAUUCCUAUGCUGCCACCUGUAUCGCUGGACAACCAAAGCCUUCAACCGCCAAGAUAUUAAUAUACAUAACAGGUCCGGCGAUUGGCCCAGUUUUCUAAAACAAUAAAAUAAUACAAUGUCCACAUGUAAAGAUACUUAGGCCAUCCAAAAUAGUAUGGAGGGGUUAUGUGUGUCAAUUCCGUGUCUUCAUUUUUGUCCUCUUAUUCCCACAUAUGAGUGGACUUCAAUGAAGACACAGAAUUGACACACGUAACCCCUCCAUACAAUUUUGGAUGGACUAAGGGCUUGAUUUAGAGAAGUAUGCUAAUGCAGCUGCACACAACACAGCUGCUAAUAUCAGCAAGUGAAGCUGCCGCCCAGAAUGAAAAGAGAUGCCCACCAAAGCUACUGCAACUCACAAUUGCACACACAUAUGCAGCCUAUACACAAGAACAAGGAACAUUGGGCUUGAGGGUAGACCUAUGGCUAUGCAGACCUGACCUGGUAGUAAUCACCCAGAUGUCAUGUUUUUGCAUGUUAGGGCUCGCAGCUGACACCAUAUACACUUCCUGAAAACGGCCAUAACACGCCUGCAUUUUUGCAACCACUCCCCGCUUACACCAUGUUAACACCCCCAAAUGGUCACUUCCUAUCCACACUUAGUGAAGGAAUCCUCAUUGCAUGCAGGUUCGCACUAACAUUUUGCAAUUUAUGCAAUUUGAACACAGCACAUGUGCAGUCUGCCGAUAAUGUCUCUGUUGCAUGGAACAUCAGCUUUGCGUACUUCUCUGGAUCAGGCCCUAAGUAUCAUUACAUGUGGACAUUGUGUUAUUGUAUUGUUUUACUGAAACUGGGCCUGGCGCCAGACCUGCCAUUUGUAUUAAUAUCACAAGAUUCAUUACUAGACAGGGGCGUGGCCAAGAUUGGGGGGAAUGGAUCGCGGGUUCCUCUGAAGAAGCUGCAUCACACCAUCUUGAGAAGUAACUUCACCCCUUCUAGGUGCCCCUGCCAUUUUCUGCUUUUAAUCAACUUUUUCCAUAGUUACGUCCUGUACACCUAAUUUCAAAAAUAUCUUCCUUCAAGUUUAUUUUAUAUAGCAUAUUUACGCUGUAAUGCCACAAUGCAGUAGGCAACAUUUGGAUCUGAGAAAUGUAACUACAGUACAUACAUUAACUCCCAUUUCUGGUGAUCUUGUUAUUCAUUCUUUAUAGUUGUUCUCGUACACAAAUCUGAAGCUACGUAAUUGCAAAACAUCUGAAAUCUCCAGGAAAUGACAGCAGUGCACAUUAUAUUAUACCAUGUGGCCAUCAGUCACAGUCAUUUACAUUACGCAUAUAAAGAUUUUAUGGGCUCUGUUUAAUAGAUAGUGAUGUCUGCUACUGAACACAUACACUGGGGAAUAUCGACAACAAUUUAGAAAUAAUGACCUAUGUCCCAUUCUGCGUGUUUACUGUGAUCACCAGCUUGAAAUGCACUAACAUUUACUUAGCGUGUCCUUGUAAAGUUUAAAAUGUCAUACUCAUUAAAUGGUAAUCCCUCCAUACACACCGCUGCCUAAGCAAGACAAAUGCUGGAUUUAUCAAACAGCACUGACUGAUAUUACAUCUUAAAAGAAACAUGUAUUUAUUAUGUAAGUUUACUGAAAGUUAGAAACUGCAGCACUCGUGGUAAAAUGGAGAUAAAUGCAGUUGGACAGAUAAUUCAGGAACCUCAAUAUGAAUACAAAAGAAACAAUUUGUAUCCAUCUGGGCGGAUAUAAUCUGACCCAUUUUGUUAAUGGCUGAGAGCUCAAGGGAUAUGAAUAGUUUUUAGGCAUGCACAAUUUACAGAUUAUUCCUCUAGUUGCCAGGAGCAUGUAUUCAAGAAUGUUUUCCAUAGGAAUUACUGUAGUAAUAACGAAUUGAAAGCAACGCAGCAGUAUAUAUACACACAUAUACAUACAUACACACACAUAUAUAUAUAUAUGUGUGUAUAUAUAUAUAUAUAUAUAUAUAUAUAUUGUAUCAUACAUAUUCGCAUAUUGCAUUUCUCUUUAGAGUUGAUGUAUUAUAUCCCUGUUUAACACAUAAUAUAGAAUGUUAUUUUUCCCAUACAUUACGCAAUGAGAUUUUAAAACUGCAAACUGAUAUAUGCAAAAGAAUGUUAGUAAAUUAAUAUAAAAAAGGCAUAUUUGUGUCACAAAUAAACAGCUAUUUACUUUAAA